CUGGUGUCAUCUUAGAAAUAUAAAAGGAGACCACCAGUAGAGGCCUUGGGUCUUAGUUUCAGUUUCAGAGAGAGGAGUCAGUGGCUGUAUGCUGCCAUGGCUCUCAAGGUGGCUAGAUAGACAGACAUGUUGCCCAUCAACUUAAGAAGCAACUAGCUGCUGCUGCUGCUAAGGGAGAGCUAUAGGCUUAGCUGUGGUAGGCUAUAGAUAUUACUAUUAGGUAGCUACUAGCCUAUAGGCAGACAUGGGGAGACCUCCAUGCUGCGACAAUGGCGUCGGCGUCAAGAAAGGGCCAUGGACGCCAGAGGAGGACAUCAUCCUCGUCUCCUACAUCCAGCAGCAUGGCCCCGGGAACUGGCGCUCCGUGCCCGAGAACACCGGAUUGAUGAGGUGCAGCAAGAGCUGCAGGCUGCGGUGGACGAACUACUUGAGACCGGGGAUCAAGCGUGGCAACUUCACCCCUCAUGAGGAGGGGAUCAUCAUCCACCUCCAGGCAUUGCUUGGCAACAAGUGGGCAGCAAUAGCCUCCUACCUCCCCCAAAGAACAGACAACGACAUCAAGAACUACUGGAACACACACCUCAAGAAGAAGGUGAAGAGGCUGCAACAACAACAACAAUCACACCCUGAUCAUCAUCACCACCAUUCCUUCCAAACCACCCCUUCUUCCUCCAAUGCAGCAGCAGUAGCAACAACCAGCCCAAACUACUACAACCCUAACAACAGCAACAGCAACAGCAGCAAUUACCUCCAUAACAACAACCACAAUCUUGAAUCCAUGCAAUCCAUGGCCACUGCACCUAGCAAUGAGGCCACCACCAUCCCCAAGCUCUUCCAGUUCCAGACAUGGAUGAAGCCAUCACCAGCAACAACAUCAUCAGCAGCAACAGCUGCUGCAGGUAGCUGCUACAAGCAGGCCAUGGCCAUGCAGGAGCUCCAAGAGGAGCAAGAGGGCUCUGCUGCUGCUGCUGCAAUGGCUUCUUCCAUUGAUGGCGUCUCCAAGGACCAGGAUUAUCACAUGUGUGCUGUGAUCAGUGGUGAUGACAAGUCGUCGUCGUCGGAGAUGAUGACGGCUGCGGCAAUGGCCGGCCAUGGCGAGGCGGCCACGACGACCUUCUCGCUGCUCGAGAACUGGCUGCUCGACGACAUGCCGGGGCAGGCGGCCAUGAGCGCCGCCAUGGAUGGGUUCUUGGAGAUCUCUGCUGGAUACUGCUGUGCAGACCCUAUCAUGUUCUGAACUUUCUGAACUUCUGAUGAUCAUCUCAGCCUUAAUUUCCCAUAUGAGUCUCUCUUUGCUAUAGGUUUCUUAAUUUCACUGAGUUAAUUUGCACUUGUACUAGCUGUUUGAUGCUCUCUCUCUCUCGAUGAUCUUGUGUUUCCGGUAAUAAACCGUUGGUUUAAUUUCCUCAAGAAAAAGCAAUCCACCUGGAAAUAAUCUGGUUGGUUUGGAGAAAUAUUGUCAGUUCUCAAGGAUGUAAUAAAAGGAUUAAAGCUGCCAUAAUUCGUUGCCUGAUAUGCAAUGUUCUUGUUGUUUUUGGAGAUGGAA